GCAAAGCUUUAUUCCAUGCCCAACAUCAUCUGAACACACAACUCAAGGGACCCCUCUUGCUCUCUAAAAGCAACCCAUUAAUAUUCCCAUGUAAUCUAAACUCAUCACUCCACACUUGCUUCAUUCAUUUCAAUUCUUUUAUGGACCUUUCCCCACUCCCCCAUGCAUUUGAUUGAAACUACUACUUGUUUCAAUGGAGGAUUUUAGAUGCCUGGCCUUCAAUUUUCUUAUGUUUUUCUUGCUUUCUGUAGCGGCUUCGUCCACUGAUACUCACUCCAAAGCACUUUUAGCCUUGAAAUCUGAAUUCAUUGAUGAUUUUGGCAGUUUGAGCGAUUGGAUUGUGCGUUCUGGACAAAACCCACUUGGGAAAAUCCAUGGAUGUUCUUGGUCAGGAGUCCAAUGCGACAAGAACGCCACCAUUGUUAUCGGAAUCGACCUCUCGAUGAAGCGGCUUGGCGGGGCGAUUUCCGGUGAGCAGUUUCAUGUCUUUAAAGAACUUGUUGAUCUUAACCUGAGCCACAAUUAUCUGUCUGGGAAGCUCCCUAUUGGAAUCUUCAAUCUCACUAAUCUAAGAACUUUAGACAUCAGUAGGAACAAUUUUUCUGGUCAUUUUCCUGUUGGGAUUUUUCAUCUUCAAAACUUGACUGUUUGUGAUGCAUUUAGCAAUAGUUUUUCUGGGUCAUUGCCUGUUGAUCUUCCAAAGCUCGAAAAUCUGAAGUUCCUCAACUUAGCUGGUAGCUACUUCACAGGGCCAAUCCCUUCAGAAUAUGGCUCUUUUAAAACCCUUGAGUUCAUGAAUCUCGCAGGGAAUGUUCUUAGUGGAAACAUACCCCCUGAAUUGGGCAAACUCAAAACUAUGAUCCACAUGGAAAUUGGCUACAAUAGCUUCCAUGGAGGUCUCCCAUGGGAGCUCGGCAACAUGAGCAACCUUCAAUAUCUUGAUAUUGCUAGUGGAAACCUCUCUGGUUCAAUCCCUAAAGAACUUAGUAAUCUCUCAAAUCUGGAAUCUCUUUUCCUUUUCAGAAACCAUUUCUCUGGGCUGUUGCCUGUAGAACUAAGCAAAAUCACCUCUCUGGUUAAUUUAGAUCUCUCUGAUAAUCAUAUUUCUGGUCCUAUUCCAGAAAGCUUUUCAGAGAUGAAGAAUCUUAGAUUGCUAAGUCUUAUGUAUAAUGAAAUGACUGGUUCUGUUCCAAAGGGUAUUGCAGAGCUUCCUUCUUUGGAGACUCUUCUUAUAUGGAGCAAUCAGUUUUCUGGGUCACUCCCAAAAAACUUGGGCAGCAACAAAAAACUUAAAUGGCUUGAUGUUUCCACGAACAAUUUUGUGGGUCAUAUCCCACUUGAUAUCUGUCUAGGAGGCUUACUUUUUAAGUUGAUCCUGUUUUCAAAUAAGUUUAGUGGUGGACUUUCGCCGUCCCUAUCUAAUUGUUCGUCCCUCGUUCGAUUGCGGUUAGAGGAUAAUCUGUUUUCUGGUGAUAUAUCUCUGAAAUUUAGUGAUCUUCCUGAUAUCUCAUACAUUGAUCUCUCUAUGAACAAUUUUAGUGGAGGAUUUCCUCGAGAUAUAAGCAAAUCAUCCAAUCUUCAAUACUUCAAUAUAUCAUAUAACCCAGAACUUGGAGGUGUUUUUCCUGAAGAAACAUGGAGUUUACCUCUUCUUCAAAACUUUUCAGCUUCUGAUUGUGGGAUAAGUGGAAAACUUCCCAAGUUUCAGCUCUGCAAAUCUGUUCUUACUAUUGAAUUGAAUGAUAACGAUCUGUCGGGAAACGUCCCAGAAAGCAUUGCAAGUUGCCAUGCUCUUGUAAGGAUGGAUUUGUCUUACAACAAUCUCUCGGGUCGUAUACCUGAAGAACUUGCACAUCUUCCUUCCAUUAGAAUCCUUGAUCUAUCCCACAAUGAUUUCAAUGGAUCGAUACCCGAUAAGUUCAGGGAUUCAUCGAGUUUGCUGCUACUAAACGUGUCUUCCAAUGAUAUCUCUGGUUCCAUCCCCGAAAACAAAGUGUUUUGGUCCAUGGGUAGCAGUGCAUUUGCUGAAAAUCCAAAGCUAUGUGGAGCACCUCUGGAACCUUGUUCAGGGCCAUUGGCAAUAUUUGUAGGUAAAGAGAUGGGGAAGCUUGAACUUAUACUGAUACUGUGUGCUGGUCUUGCUAUAAUCACUACGAUAUUGAUAGCGUGGAUUUUCUUCGCUCGAAAACGGAGCAAAGGAAAAUGGAAGAUGGUGUGUUUCACUGGACUUCCUCCAUUCACAGCGAGUGAUAUUCUCAGGAGUUUUGACUCGACAGAAUCUAAGGAAACGAUAACGCCAUUGUCUGCUUCGAUUUUCAAAGCAGUUCUUCCUACUGGAAUCGCCGUGUCGAUCAAGAAGAUAGAUUGGGAAGAACAAAGAAUUAGGAUGAUAUCUGAGUUUAUAACUCAAUUAGGUAGUUUAAGGCACAAGAAUUUGGUCAGAUUGCUGGGAUUUUGCCACAAUAAACAGAUGGUUUAUGUUUUGUAUGAAUACUUACCCAAUGGAAAUCUAGCAGAGAAAAUUUCAAUGAAAAGGGAAUGGCUAACUAAGCUCAAACUCAUUAAAGGUAUAGCAAGAGGGCUUCACUUUCUUCACCAUGACUGUUAUCCUGCAAUUCCCCAUGGAGACCUGAAGUCGAGUAACGUCAUACUCGACGAAAAUAUGGAGCCCCAUCUGGCUGAAUUCGGUCUCCGGUGUCUACAACAGCUAAACGAAGAUCGGCUUCCGUUUUCGUCUACAACAAAAGGAGGUGAAUUCAAUAAUGCAACAGAGGAGGAGCUUUGGAUGGAUGUUCAUAGUUUUGGGGCAAUCGUCCUGGAAAUUAUAAGCAACGGUCGGUUGACGAGCGCUGGAUCGAGCACACAGAACAAGGCAAGAGAUCUUCUGUUAAGAGAAAUAUACAAAGAAAAUGGGAUCAGCUCUCCCAAUUCAUCACAAGAGGAGGUAAAACAGGUGCUUGAUCUAGCUUUGCUAUGCACUAGGAGCAGGCCAUCCAAUAGACCAUCCAUGGAAGAUGUGUUGAAGCUGCUAUCAGAAAUAAAACCAGAGGUAAAAUCAUAAGACUUUGAAGAAAACCAAGAACAGUAUAGAUUGUAAGCUUUAAGUAGUAAUCUUAUAGAUUUUUCUGUGCAGUUGAUAGAUUUUUAGUAGGGUUGUUGGUGAUGUUUUUCUAUCCUAAAAAUGCUCCAAAUUCAAGUUCUUCUGUGAGUUGUCCUAUCUUAUAUUCUCGAGAGCCUACGAAUUUGCUUUUAGACCAUUGGAAACGUCUCGUAUCAAUAACUAUGUAGAAGUCUAGUCUCCGAACUUUC